AUGGGGAUAGCAACUCGAACCGCAGUCCCCACUGAACCCGCUGCCCUCCACUCCGGCUCCCCCUCAAAAUCCCCGCGACCUCCAACUUCCCAAAUCAUAAAACCUCCAAGAAUCGAGCGAGAUAUUAGCUACGGAUCUCAUCAUCAUCACCAGCAGCAGCAGCAGCCAUGCAACGGCCUACUCGUCGGUCGCCUUUCCGCCGGCGACGACUCCACCGUCCAGAUCUCUGACGCCGUCCCCCUCUCGCACUCCCUCCUCGGCCUCCUCCCCUCCCUCGAACUCGCCCUCCACUUGGUUGAGGAGCAUUUUGGGGCGGAGGGUUUGAGUGUGGUGGGGUAUUACCAUGCGAAUGAGAGGGCUAAUGACUUGGAGCUGAAGAGCGUGGCGAAGAACAUCGGGGAUCAUGUGUUUCGUUGCUUCCCUCGAGCCGCUGUGCUUCUGCUGGAUGUGGAGAAGAUGAAGGAGCUGCCAAAAGGAAAGGGGCGAGAUCCUGUAGUACAGGUAAACAAGCAUUACAAAUAUUUGAAUUUUGAACAAUGGGCUCAUACGUCAUGAAUUUUGACUUAAAUG